UGAGUCAGUCAAAGCACUGAUCCUAAGCAUCAGAAGAGAAAAAGACGCGAGGAAAUAAACAGCUGUGCAUCAGAAAGAGACUAUCAUGGCAUCGUUAAAUCUCGGGUUCAACGGGGCUCGUAAAAAAGCUGUAGCGCGUAUCAGAGCCGUAGAGAGGAGGAAUCUGAUCACCGUUUGCAGGUUCUCAGUGAAGACCCUCAUUGAUCGCUCAUGUUUUGAGACGAUAGACGACACAUCUGCUGAGUUCAUCAACUUUGUCUCCAUUCUAGAACAUAUUCUCAGCCAUAGACUGAAAGGUCAGGUCAGCUGGUUUGGCUACGAGAGCCCGCGCAGUUUCUGGGAUUACAUACGUGUGGCGUGUAGUAAAGUCCCGCACAGCUGCAUCCAUAGCAUCGAGAACAUGGAGAACGUCCGCAGCUCUAGAGCAAAGGGUUAUCUGGAGGAGCUGGUGCGUCUGAGGGAAGUUCAGCUCUCUGAGUCUGUCUCUCAGAAUAAAUCUCUACUGCAGCGGCUCACAGACACCGAAAUCAGCCACAAACUGGAGAAAGAGCAGCUGGAGAUCAUCAUACUGGAGCUGCAGGAUCAGCUGACGGUGAUGAAGAACUAUGACCUUCGCUCCAGACAGGAGCUUACCUCGCACCUGACAAACCAAUGGCCCUCACCUGCUGCCUUGGAUACCAAUGCAGUUGCCUUGGAUACACUCCUGUACAGGAAACGCACAGGACCAUGGGAAGAGAAAAGCUUCCAGAGUUUGGAGCAGCUUUCUGCAGAUACGAGUCUCUCUCAGAUGUCUCUGGAUCCAGCACAACUGAACACACACAGUCUGGAGAGCAAGGCAGGACUUACACACUGGCUCAGAGAAGGGAAAGAGGAUACUCCGUCUCUGAGGGGUUUGUGUGGUUCCUUAACCUCAAUGGCCAGUUACAAAUCUCUGGCCAGUCUGAAGUCCAGCGAGUAUCUGGCCAGUCCAACAACAGACAUGACCAGCCCAGGACUGACUCCAUCCUGAGAGACAAGUAUGGACAUACUGUAUAAAUGCAUACACAAACACACCAGCCUGCUUGAGAUCGUGUGGGCUUCAAAUUGAAGUGAAGAAAGAAAAGCUACCUAUCGGUACCAUCCUCAGAGCUUCUAAGAGACAUUUCAACUAGACAAGAUGAAACCCCAGUGCUAUCCCGACUGGUUUUAGUUUAAUUUGAAGUGCAAUUCAUUUUCAAAUCUGAAGUCCAUAGCUAGUGUAAGCAUUAGCAUUAGUGAAUAUUGAGCAUAAUGUAUCACGAUGAAUGACAGUCUUGACUCAGGACAUCAGUGAAUUUCAGUUGUUUGUGAAAUUUUGUUUAUCUACCCAGUUCAGAUGUUUGCUGUUUUUGGAAAGUCUAUAGAUAAAGGUUUUCGUGAUGUUUUAUUUUUGCUUCUACUCAUAAAAUUUGUCCUGUGUGGAAUUAUACUGAAUUAUUACUAAACUUUGAUUUAACUUCAGUGCCCCUAUCGAAACGUAUAGUUUAUUUAAAAAAAACACAUCAUUGCACAUCACAGCUAUACUAGCACAGCUACAGUAUGUAGGAAAUAUUUUUAUCUAUUUAUUUUAUUUUAUUGAAUUUAAUAUUUAAUUUUAUUUAAAGAAAAAAUUCUAGUUGCAAGCCUCCUCUUAAAUCCACUUUUCAUUAUAAAUGGUCAAUUAUUGUGAUUAAUCUGGCCCCUCGCGACACAUUUUGGUCCCCUUUAAUAAAAACUAGAAUCAGCAUGCCAAGUAAAAUACACUUUAAACAAUUUUUUAACACCGCUUUCAAAAUAUUAACAUGAACAUAUAGCUGUGAUAUUCAGUAAGAAAAAUAUUUAGGACGUUAACCUAAUUGUAUCCAUCAGAAAUUGUUUGGAUUGUGAGAAAUUAGUGAUCUGUAUCAAAAUUGAAAAGCUGGAGCCCUAAUAUUGUUGAAUUGUCCAAUUAGGACAGAAUUGUGAACAACAAACAUUGCUUUGUUCAUUUGCCAUCAUUUGUCUUUUUAGGGAGUAAGAGGGAUGUAAUUUCAGAAAAUUCUCUGGUGUGCUGAAUGUGGAUGUGUAUACAUUUAUUUCUCGUCUCUGACUUUUAACUGAAGUGUUUGACAUUCACUCUGUCCUCUUAUGUGGAGAGGUUUUACAUAUUUAUGAGUUCUGUGAAUUACAUAAUCAUACAGCACUCAAACAUCGGUUUUGCAUUUUUUUCCCACCGUCACUCACAGAUAGUGGCUAAUGUGCACUGGUGUGAAGCAUUGCCAUGCAUUUAUAUAAAUGAAUAAGAAUAAUAUGGAUGAUAAAUAAUAUGAUGCAUAAUGGACUGGAACAAGAAUGUAUUCAAAACCUAAAGCAAAGAUCUUUAACGUCACAUGUAAACAUCUGAACUAGUGUUGUCAAUUUAAUGGGAUUAAUUAUUUAAAAAAAAAAAUAUUCAAGUUAAUAAUUUCCUCUAAUUUGUACGUAAAUGUUGUAAUUUUCCUACCUCCAGAGCAAAUCAAGAUUAAAGUACCACUUUGUUUUUGACUGUAUAAUGAGGCUGUGGACUAUAGGCCAGUGAUGUCCAAUGAGACGGACAUAAAUGAUAUAUUGACUUCAAAGCCAACAUAUAUAUAUACACAGUAUAUUUUAAUGUCCAUUCCAUGCUUUUCUCAUCUGCUGCAGUUAUCUUCAUUAGGGGGCUUUUUUGUGGUUAAUUUGAUUACAAAAUCAGAAUGUCAUAAUUAAUAUGCAGUAUUUAAUUAAUUUUUAAUCAAUUGACUAGUAGUCUAAUAGUCUGAACCCAUUUUUAUUUCAAUGGAAGGUUUAAUUUUAGAAUUAAUUGGUAGAGUUGUGUUUGAAGUAAAAUACCUAAUACUGCUGCUGAUAAUUUUAAGAAAUUAACAUUCAAGUGUUACUAGUGUGAUUUGAGCAUAAAAACAGACCUGUUUAUAAAUUCAGUUUAAGAGGCAUGCCAAGCCAUGAGUAAUAUAUGACAAUAACUGAAGAUAUUAAGAAGUGUGUAUGAUUACUCAUUAGCAUCAGCACAGUAAUAACAGAAAUUCCAGGGAAACACGUAUGCAGAAUUCCCAUCUAAAAUAGUCUUGUACAUCGCCUUGCUGAACAUCCAUGUUCUUAGUGUUGAAGAAUGUCUCGUCUGCCUUUGACUUCAUUUCUGUACUGCAGAAAUACAUCUUACAUGUGAAAUGCAUGUUUUACACUGUUCAGAGCUAGCUCAGUAGCCAGUACAUCUAAAUGUGCAUCUCAAGGUUUAUUUGAGAUUCUUACAGCACUGUUUGUGCAAUUAAAUGUAUUUUAUGUGUAUAGUGGAAUGAAGGAAAUGCAUUUCAGUACCUAAGUGUUACUUUUCAGAGUUUUAGCCUUUCAAUUUGAAAAAUGUUAACACUUGUUUGAAAACCCUGCAGAAUUGUCACCUUUAGACAUUUUUGAAUGUAUUUUCUUUCUCAAUGCUUUGAAAUCUGUUUUUGUGAUUGAGCUUUUGUUUCUUUCAUUUUCUGUUGCACUGUGACAGAAAUAAAUGGGGUGAGGAUAACGAGGGCGCACUGAGAUGAAUAUCAUAUAUUCACCUAAUUAUAAUUUAGCCUCAAUAUAUUCAGUCAAAUUUCACUUUAUGUCC